AUGAUUCCUCUCUUCCGCUUGUUCAAUCCACUUCGAAGUCAGCUGCAAAGAUUCUCUACUAGUCCUCAGUUGUUGAAGGGACAUUCGAAAUGGCAAAAUAUAAAAGAAGUAAAGGGCAAGAACGAUGCAAUGCGUUCUGCGAAGAUCAGCUUCUAUCUCGGUAAAUUCAGGACGGCAUGCAAAAACGGUGGUUUCGAUCCGAAGUUCAACAAAGACUUGGAAAAGUUACAUUUGGAGUAUAAAGCAAAGUCCCUUCCAGCUGACACGCUAAACAGAUUUUUGACUAGAUUAAAGGUAGUUCACAUUUGCUGCAACUUUCAAUGAUCUUUAGGAGACACCAGAUGUUACAUGCUUUUUUGACCUGAUUGGGCCUUCUGGAGCUUUUAUUAUUGUGGAGGCGGAAACGGAUAGUUCUAAUCGGACGAAAGGAGCUGUUCAGAGGGCUAUAAAAAAGGCAAGUUACAUAAUUUUACGCGAAAGUUUGGUUUAGGUUGGCGGUGGCUUCCGAUUCUCGGACUCAAAUUUGAGGACCCGCUUUGACGAAAAGGGAUUUGUGGUCGUGGAGCCAAAGAAAUCUGAUGGAUCACAAAUUACACUAGAUGAAAUGGAGGAGAUAGGAAUUGAAUUGGACUGCGAAGAGGUGGUCGAACUUGAGAAAAGAGAUGAUGGAAUCGCAGUUGAGCUGACUGUUGAGACUCGAAACCUUAAUAAGGUGGAGCAAGCAUUAACAGAUCGAGGAUAUGUGGUGGAGAACAGCCAAGUCAGACUAAUCCCCCAACAUGCUAUCCCUGUCAGUCCGGAAGAAAUGGCACUUAUUGAUAAGCUUUAUGAACAACUAGGCGAGCUCGAGGACGUGACGCAGAUCCACGAUAAUAUCGAAGUAAAUGAAGAGGAACAGAAGUCAGCGUCAGCUCUUUAG